AUGAAAAUAGUCCCAUCAUCAGAACCGUCUGCAUCGGAGAUGUACCUAUUUCAGGUGGCAAAACCACCUUGCCAUGUCUAAGUGACAAAUACUGGAUUAAAAAAAAAACACAGGAAUAAGGGAAUAAGCCAUGGAUAUGAAACAGUGUGAACACUCACCAAGUCUGCUGAGAAAUGGUUUAUUGAUUUGUUAUUGACCAAACACAGAUUCUCAUGAUUAUACUAUUCAGUUCUCUGCAAAGGCUGUUCUGUAGUUAUUGGGGAAAGGAUGUGGAAUAUUCUAAUAGUAUGAUAAUGUAUUACAGUAUUGUUGUUCAGGUGGUGUCUGUUAUACAUACUAAAGUGAAAUGUGAAGAAAGAUAAGGCAGAUCAUGUCUUUUUUAAGUAUUUCGUGCUCUUCGUGAAAAGAUAUAAUGUGUUCAUUGCUGGAUAACUAAACAUUUGGACCAUGUAUUCAAACGUUGAAGAGCCACCUGUCGAUUCUGACAGAAAGCAGUGGGAUAAGAGGCGAUCCUUUUUACAGCAGCCAAAGACUUAUGUUUCGAAACUACCAGCGCCUCCCACUGCUCCCACACCUGCACGGACGCUUGACCGUCCUAGCUCCAAGCCCAUAGAGGCCCACACUCCCCGCACCCUGCCCAUACCUAUUCCACAGAGCUGUCCAGUGAGUCAGAAUAGCUUCACUGCCAAUGCAACUUCCGAGCCCCAGGAAUUCUUCAUUGGAGACAGAGUAACCAUCGGAGGGAUUAAAACUGGAACUCUUCUAUAUUUCGGACCGACCCAUAUCGCUGAUGGCCUCUGGUGCGGGAUUUCUUUGGAUACCCAGGAAGGUAAUCAUGAUGGCUUGGUGAAUGAUGUGAGAUACUUUACCUGCCGUAAAGGACAUGGAAUAUUUGCACCAGUCGAGAGGGUUUCUCAUCUAGACAGCAAUGUUGUUUUGCAAGUUAUUAAAUCGCCACCAAGAGUGUCACAGAUACCUGCUAAGCCAAAAGUGUGCUAUACAAGUCCACUUUUAAGAGACGAAAUUGGUUAUCAGGACAGAUCCGCUGAGCUGUUAGAUGACAUUGAACUGCCAGAUAUAGAAGGUGACCUACUAGAUCUUGAUGAUGAUGGCAUUCUACAUGACGACACUGUAGUAAAAGCAAAUAAAAAAGCAAAAAAAAUUAAAAGAAAGCUGCCACAUUUACCAGGCCCGUCAUCUGGAAUUGCCAAGUUAAGUUGUACAAAGGAUAUGAGUCACAAAGCUACAUUUGAUAGUGCUGAGGAAACUGAAGAAAAAUUUGAUGAGCUGGACAGUGACAGCGAUGAUCUGGAAGAGCUAGAAAGUAACCGCGCUUUCAGCAUGGAUGAGAAGGAAUGCGAAGUGGGUGAGAUGCCCCAUUCUGCAGAGGGGAGCUCUGGAGGGGAGGACUCAUGGAGUCUCAACAAAGACUAUCUGGCCAUGUGUGAUGGCAAGGCGAAGUACCUGAAUAUAACGUUUGACGGGGAAUCGGAGAGUAAAACUUCAACACAAGAGCCAUCAGAGGAAUCCCCUUCCCCCGAGUUCAUUUUCGACCAAGAGAUGAUUGAAGAUGGCGAGUUUGCUUCCCAGCCUAUGGAGAUGAGUAGGGACUCCAGUCUGGGAAUUUUGUCCAGUUUCACUCUGGAGAAGAACGAGUUACUGUCUGAACUGUUUGGGGAUGAAGAAGAUGACGAUCUGGUGACUUCACAAGACACUUUGGAGCCAGUGUCAGAAGAGAAGGACAGUUCACCAGAGAAAACACCCGAACGUCAGACAGACUUUAAUUCCGAUAUGGAUUUUGCUUGUAAAGAAGUGGCAACAUCUACUCCCUUUACAGCAGCUAGUGCUAAACAAAUGUUAAGAAAGAAUCUUAAUGAAACAUAUGACAAAGAUUUUGAUGAAGAAUAUCCUGUGCAAAUUGGAGAACCAGGUAAAGAGUGUUUAAACUCCACAUUUACCCAAGAGAGUGCUGCAAACUCAACAUUUACCUUAGAAAGUGCUAAAACCAAUGCUGAAACAACUUUCACAGUGGAAGAUGAUGGUCAUGAAAAUGAUGAAAAUUCUAAUUCCAACAAUGUGAUGAAAGACAGUGGUUCAAGUAAAGGUCCCAUGAUAGAUUCUGGAAUAUCUAUGCGAGGAUCAAUGUCUGAAUCUUCUAACUUCAUGAAGGGAUCUGUAAUGGAAACAUCUAAGUACACCAUGUUAGAACCCGGUGUGCGGCGCAGUAUGUUGGAUUCAGGAAUAUCCAUGCAAUACGCUUUUGUUGAAUCAAGCAAUGGCGGUAUGGUUGACAGCACAAAUAAGGUAUCGGUUGGUGAAAAGACAAGAGAUUCUUGGAACGGAAACAAAUUAUGCUUUGUAGAGGAUGUUAUAAAUAAGAAUAAUGAAGAGGGGGUUGGGAAGAAACCUGGUACAGGAGCAGUGAUGUGGCGAGGGGUGGACGAUGCCAGACUCAUGCAGGACCUGACAGACGGACAUGAAAAGAAGGAAAGACCCAUCUCUUUUCUCUCAACUACAAGCGCAGACACAGGCUAUGUUCCGGACACCGACUCGGAGCUUGGCACAUUGACCUUGAACUCUCCACAGGAGUGGCAGGAGUGUCACCUGCCAGGGCAGAUAGGCGUACGUAACCAGGGGUCUACACAUACUCAGGGUGUUGGAGGCAAAAACCUGUUCACUGCCCCAGUAGAGUCCGACACAGACCAGGGUCACAUCACCGCAGAUACGGAUGGUGAAUAUGAGGUUGGUAGGUCGGAGGUCAUAACUACGGACAAUGACUUUGGUGGAAGUUCAAAGGUCAUAGUCACGACAGAUGUUGAAGAGGAAUCUGGAGAUGAAGUCACUCAGAUUGAAGAUGCUAAGGGCUUCAAUACUACUGUUACUCUGGAAAGCACAUCUGACAAUGAAACAUUUACUGCUGACACUGCUGAACCACUUUCGGAAAUAGAUGCAGACGACAAUAAGUCCAGUGGACGUAACAGCAAUCUUGAUGGUACUUUUACCUUUAAUGAAGAAAACAUAAAGCCAAGUGUCGGCCCUGGAGGUGACACCAGUAACAGUCUGGAUAUGGUGACAAUUGUUAUACAAGACAAGGACACUUCCAAUAAAGUUGAAAAUACUGAGAACUCUUCAGAAACUAAGCCUAACAAGCAGAAAACGCCUAAGAAGAAAAGGUUUAAUGUUGUUAAAGACUUUAAGAAACCCAACACCACGAAUGUUGUCUCUGCGCUGGCUGAGUAUUUAAAGACACCAUUGCCUGUGAAAAUAAAGGAGGAUAAGAACAACACAGAGGAAAUGAAAAAUAAGAAGAAUACAUUAAAGACCAAGAUUGACUUAUCUAAAGUCACUAGUAAAUAUGCUGUUAAAAGCAAUGUGGAUGAAAAGAAGAGUGAGGUUGAAAAGAAGGAAUCACCAGAGGCUGUUGAAAAGGAAGUGAAGAAGUUGAUUAAGCGCACGCCUCCAAAAAGUAAAUGGGAUGCUAUUAUGAAUAAAAUUGAAAACCAAAAAGAAACGGACGAGAAGAAACCUAAGGCAGAAGUUAAAAGUAAACUGAAAGCUCUGCUUGAAGUGCCUCCACCUCCCCCACCGCAAAAGAAGGAGGAAAUCCCAAAACCAAAACUAAGAAUUUCAUCAAUGAUUCCUGAUUAUAGCAAGGUCCAGAGCAAAUUAAAGUACACAGCUCCACCUCCUGUGCCCAAAGCCAGGAAAGAUGAAUCUCCUAACAGAACCAAUAACAAAAAGUCGGAGUCCCCGCGCAGCUCCAAGAAUCUAUCUCCCAGUGGAUUAGUUCCGGACUCGCCGAAACGUAAACCACUGCUUGCAAAGACUGAUUCAUUGACUAAUAAACCAGGCAGUGAGUCUACAAGCAACAAAGAAGAAUUUAAGAAGCCACUGUCCAAGGAAGAAGGUGACAUCACACGUAAGGAGCGCCGGCUGAGCAAGCGUUUGUCACUCCAAAAUGAGCGUGUCCGUAACUUGUCAGGUGACUCUGUCAAAAGGCCAGAUGUGAAGGACAAGGCCGCCCAUAUUGACCUUGCAGACUCCCUUGAUGGGCGGGGAAGUAGUAGAGCGGGCAGUCGUGCGGUUACACCGCAGUCCAUGUUGAGUUCACGUCAGGGCAGCUGCACUGACAUGAGCACCACAGAAGAUGAGGCGUUCACUGCAGCCACUGUGAAACAGUUGCCUGGUAUCCAGAGAGCUCAGUCCUUACAGGACCGACGUGACAGUUCUAGCGCAGUCAGUGACACCUCUGAGGGGGGCAGUCACGUGACAUCCCAGGAACUUGAGUGUCGGCUACAGAAAGCAGGUGCCAAUCAACAACGGCGUAAAAGUGCACUUCUGCCUCCCACAAAUUCUUCAGAAGCCAAGUCCAGCAUUCGCGGACGUGGUCGCAACCAAAACCGCAACAAGACGACCAAAUCCAAGAAGGAGGUGAAGGUUGUGGAGACAGUCUCGGCUGAGAUUCACGCACAGGAGGUUCAGCGCCUGGAGGCACUGUGCGAGACGCGCACCAAGCAAUUGAACAUGGUCCGGCUCCAGCUUCAGACCAGCAACCUCGGCUUUGAAGGCAUGGCCACCACUGUCAACUACUUGGCACACGAGCUGAAGGCCUUCUCAUGCCCGAGAUUUGAGCGGGAGAUCGCUUCCCUGCAGAAGGCUGCGGCGGGGGACCGGGCCAGCAUUGAGAGCCUUCAGACGACCAAGAGCAACCUGGAGGGCAUAGUGACCCAGAUGAAGGAGCGACACAAGGAGUACAUACAGAGCCUCGAGGUCGAGAUGGAGCGAUCCCUGCAGUACCAGCAGGAGACCCUGACUGCUCAGCAUGAGGGCGAGAUCAGUGCAUUGAAGGCUCAGAAGGCCCAUGAGAUAUCAGAGCUGCGCAGGUCCCAUGAGCAAAAUAUAGGCCAGCUGGUGGACAAGCACACGGUAGCCAUGGCGACCCUGUCUGGUCAGCACGUGGACACCAUACGACAGCUGCAGACCAAGCAGGAGAACCAGAUGGAAGAGCUCCACAAGCAGCACCAGGACAAGCUGGAGGACAUCACGGGCCGGUUUGAUGGCAUCAAGAUGACCCUCUCAGAGAAGGUGGAGACCUUGCGCAGCGAGUGUGACCGCCUGCGUGAUCGCGCCAAACACUGCGAAGAGGCACUCCAGAGGGACUCUGAUUUUAAAGUACAGUGCGCACUGGCCCCCUACCGCAGUCUGCCGCAGGAGAUAGAGAGUCUAAAGACUGUCCUGGAAAUGAAGAACGAGGAAAUCAACAAGCUACGAACCCACAAUAUUGAGCUGCAGAAGAAACUUGAGGAGCUGCCCGUUGCUAGGGAACAGAUCAUCAGUCUGCAGCAGAAGAAGGAGAACUUGGAGGCCAUUAUCAGCAUGAAGACAGACCAUGAGAAAGUCCUUCAUGAGCGAUGCCAGAGUUUGAUGAGGAAGUACGACAAGGAAUCGCGAGCAAACAAGCGCCUGUCCAUGGAUUACGAGGAGCUGAUGUGGAAACUGUCAGAGUCAUUCACCGACCCUGACCUGGGAACCCUGGAGUUGUACCAGAAAAUGGGAAUGUCCCCCACCGGUGACCUGACUUCACCCGGCCUUGGCAGAAAGUUGAGAACGCCGUCUAGUUCGGAAAGCAGUCCCUCCAAAAGUCCUGCCACCAGAAGGACUUUGUCCUCAAGUGCGGACGAUCGGGAAGAGAAAAAAAUGAAGAGACGUUCUGGAAAUUAUUUAAUAGACGAAAUGAAGCACAGGGCCACUAGUCCUCUUGCAAAGCAAAGUGCGCAAAACCCACUCACGAAGUCGUGGUCAGCGGGUAGUGGUUCUCUGUCUAGUUCGCCGACAUGCUCGAAUGGUCGUCAUGGCACCGCCAUGUCCCAGUCCUGGUGUGUUGAAAUGGAAAAGGAUGAGAACCAAACCCAAGCAGCCGUCAGCAAGAUUCCUAGAAGCAAAUCCAACACAGAUAAACAGUCUCAUGGGAAGUCAGUUUCUCCAGAAGUAAGUGAUAGAUUGAGAACUGAACAAGUUUCUGUUUCGAAAAUGGAAACGGAUAAUUCCAAUUCCAACAGUGUCAACGGCGAUGUGCAGACGUCAGUUCAGUCUGAACUCGUCACGUGCAAGAGUGGAGAAUCACCACAAAAAUCAGAGCCAAAGGCUGUCCCAGAAAUGGGGCCAUUGUCGGAAAGUGACCAUGUGUUCAACGAAAAGUUCUGUGUGAUGAAUAAUAAACAUGCCAAUGCUGAUUCUGAUACAAAUUACUCUACCUCUUCCAUUACUUCUGUCGACACACUUCGAUCUGAAACUCUUUCCUGCCCACCUUCAAAACUGCCAGUAAACAUUGAAGAAGAAAAUGACACAGGAUCAGCAAGACGUCGAGGUCACACAGAAACCACUGUAUGAUCUUUUUUGUAUUGAACAAACUUUUCGUUUAAGUAGUUACAGUGUAUGUGUUGAAAAGCAAUUACUGCAAGACCAUUUUUAUUUGUAAGCAUAAAAUGUUGCGGGGGAUUUUCCCCCAGACUCACAAUUUCGUUGACAUGUGAAUUCUAAGAUAUCUGAUUAAAAAAACAAACUUUGGAAUGUUUGUCAGUAAGUCAUGUGUACAAGUGUAUGUAAUGCAUGUCUAAGAUCAUUGGUAGUGGGCAGGGGGGGGGGGGGGGCGGUCACUUUGGUGUGCAGGCCUUGAGUAUCACGUGCCAAUUAACUUGUCCAUUGUUAUGAGGUGAUAGUCAAAACAUCUCUGUUUUUUACGUGCUGAUAAACUCCCCAAUUGAUAAAAUGAUGGUGAACAGAUAAGCAGGACUGAAUCAACAUUACUGACUGUUAGUAGCGUAGAAGUCAAUUUUAAAUGGGUCUGAUUGAAUUAAUCAUGGCCAAACUGAGGAAAUUCUUACCUCUAUCCAUGUCAAUUAUAGAAUGUUUGAGGAGUAUUGAUUUAUAAUUAAUGUAAUCAAAUUAUUUUGCUUAGUUUUCAAUUAAGCUUUAUUAUACCCCCACAAACAAAGUUUAGUGGGGUAUAUAGGAGUGAACCGGUCCAUCGGUCGGUCGGUCUGUCUGUCGGUCCGUAUUAAGUGUCCGCUCUCUAAUUCAAGUAGUUUUCAUCCGAUCUUCACCAAACUUGGUUAGAAGUUGUAUCUACAUGAUGUUUAGGCCAAGUUCGAACAUGGGCCUUGCCGGGUCAAAAACUAGGUUACGGGGUCACUUAGUGCGUUUUAAACAUUCAGCAUGUUGUCCGCUCUCUAAUUCAAGUAGUUUUCAUCUGAUCUUCACCAAACUUGGUCAGAAGUUGUAUCUAAAUGAUCUUAAGGCCAAGUUCAAACAUGGGCCUUUCUGGGUCAAAAACUAGGUCACGGGGUCACUUAGUGCUUUUUAAACAUCACAAUGUUGUCCGCUCUCUUAUUCAAGUAGUUUUCAUCCAAUCUUCACCAAACUUGGUCAGAAGUUGUAUCUAGAUGAUGUCUAGGUCAAGUUUGAAUAUGGGUCAUGCCGGGUCAAAAACUAGGUCACGGGGUAUCUUUGUGCGUUUUAAACCUGACCAUGAUGUCCCCUCUCUAAUUCAAGUAGUUUUCAUCCAAUCCUCACCAAACUUGGUAAAUGAUCUCUAGGACAAGUUUGAACAUGGGCCAUUCCGGGCCUAAAACUAGGUCACGGGGUCACUAAGUGCGUUUUUUAACAUUCAGCAUGAUGUCCGCUCUCUAAUUUACAUCCGAUCGUCACCAAACUUGGUCAGAAGUUUUAUGGAGAUGAUCUUAAGGCCAAGUUAGAACAUGGGCCUUUCUGGGUAAAAAACUAGGUCAAGGGGUCACUUAGUGCGUUUUAAAAAUUGAGCAUGGUGUCCGCUGUUUUUUGUGAAGACGACAUGCAAAAUAUUAUGUGUCAAUGCGGCAUGUGGGGGUAUUCGUCACGUCUGUGACAAAGCUCUAGUUUCAGUUGAAUAAAUGCAUAAAACUGUUUAAUUCAGGUGAUAAUCACACAUUGUCAUCUUACAAUUGCAUAUUUGUCUCCUGCCGGUGAAACCGGAGGGGAAUUAUGGUUUGCGCUCUGUCUUUCUGUCAGUCAGACACACUUUUCUGGAUCCUGCAAUAACUUUAAGUUAUUCAUAUUUUUUCAUGAAACUUGUAACAUGGAUAGAGAUUAUGCACAUCAUUUUAUUUUGUUCCUACAUCAAGAAUUAUGGUUGCUAUGGCAACAAAUAAAUAUAAAAAAUAUAUAUAAAAAAAAUUACUGACAAUGGGGGAGUUUCACCGGUAGGGGACAAUAUUGCUUGGCAAUCUCUUGUUUUUAUUUGUUUCCCUGUGAUUAUAAUACAUUAGGAAGUUGAACCUCCACAUUUUUAGCUCGGCUGUUUUCGGAGAAAACCGAGGUAUUGUCUUAGCCAGCUCGUCGUCCGCGUCAUGCUUAAACCUUAACAUUUUGUUGAACAUUGGCUCUCAAAUCAAAGUGCUUCAACCUACAACUUUGAAACUUUAUAUGUAGCUGCACCUUGAUUAGUUCUACAUGCCACACCUAUUUUUGGGUCACUAGGUCAAAGGUCAAGGUCACUGACCUCUAAAAAAAAUCUGACAAGCUUUCAUUUAUUCAAAACUGCACCCGCAGCCAAGCGUGGCACCCGUUAAUGCGGUGCUCUUGUUUUAUUUGGCUUCAUAACUUAUUAUUGAUUGUCAGCAUAACUACUGACCAGACUGCAGGAGUGUUCAGGCAUGUUCACAUGAUACCGCUCAUAUAACCUUUGAUUACUUGUCAAACUUGGAUGUUCAUGAUGAUUGGUAAUUUUUUUCUAUUUUUCCAUAUAUGCACAAACAAUUACUUUAAUUAUUAUUCUAGUAAAUACUCCCAAUCACCAAAGUGAAAUGUUUUUAUGUCCUCCACCACUAUAGUGGGGGACAUAUUGUUUUUGCCCUGUCCGUUGGUUUGUUUGUUUGUUUGUGUGUUUCACAAACACAUCGCUUGUUUUAUAAUACAUCACAGACCCUAUUUAGAUUCAAAGUUUAGAUAUGGGACCUGCAAAUUGCUUUAUGUCAUUAGAUGUUCAAAAUAUAUAUAUCAAUCAUAAGUAGGGGCCCCCCCCCCAACAAAAAAAUAGUAUGAUUUACAAUUUUGAAGGUACGACAAGUCCCAUCUACAUUGUAUUCACAGGAACUUGUAGUUAAAAGUAGUAGCGGGCAAAAAUCCCUGUGUGAUACUUGUUCUUCAGGAGUUAACAUGAAAAAUUAUUCAAAUUGUCAUUUUCAAUGGGACCAAUAUGUAAAUUGUGUUAUUUCUCUUUAAUAUAUGUAUUAAUAUGUAUGUGGCAUGUUUCAUUAUUGUUUAAAUAUAAAUUGUACCUAACAGAUGUAAUUAAGGUUAAAAUUCCUGUGAUGCUUAUAGGUUUGUUUUAGUCGAGCGGUAUGUGUGAGUUUACUUUACAAAACUUUAUGAUUUACCUGGAAUACUGUGUAUAAGGAUAACAGGUCUAGGAUACAAGUGUCUACAGUCAUUUGUCAAGUUAUUUGCCACUUUGAUUUAAAUAUAACCAAGUGGGAAUUGAAAUCCUAACAUCAUUUUGUAUUUAAUCCUGUUUAUGAAAAUCUUCUAUUUCUAUUGUUAAAUAUUUGUUAUGCGUAGUUAACUAUAAUAGAUGGUUUGGUAUUUCAUGUGAAUGUUUCAUCUGUGCUGUCAGUGUCUGGAUUGAAUAUGCCUUAAUUAUUCACAUCCAUGAGUGCUUUUGUGUUCCAGUCAAUUGUGCAUUUUGAUUUAUGAUCUGUGUUGUUUCAAACUACAAAUUGAACAUGGUUAUACAAUUUCUAGUUUAAAUUAUUUAUAUUUUGAAGUUCGUGAUCGAUGGCAUUUGUAUUGUUUAACUUGAAAAUGUAUUUAAAUGCCCUGUAAAAUUCUAUAUAUAUGCAAAUGAGUGUGUUCAGUUAUUUGCCAUCGUAAUUGUACCUGUAAAUAUUUAAUGAAGGAAUAUUAGUUGGAACUGCCUUUUCCACUUUGUGUUUUGCUGACCUGGACAAUUCAAUGUGCAUCAUCUAUUGCGCAGUAUUUGUUGACAUUAGCUACGGUUGCAAAGUUGCCAAUAUGACUGCAACUCUACAUGCCUUAAAGGGAACGUCAAUCAGAUUGAAGAACAAAAGAAAAGUUCUAAAAUACCGUAUUUUUUUUACAAUUAUUAGAUUAUAUUGAUAAAAAUAUCACGAAUUGUAUAUUACACUACUUGAAAAAGUUGUUAAGUUUUCAUAUUUUCAGUAUAUUUGCUAAUAAAAGUUUACUGGGUAUGUGAUCCAGGUAACUACCAGCUAACUAUAAAUAACGCAAGUAGAUUGAUCAUCAUUGUCACGUGGUAAACCCAGGAAUGCAAAUUGUGCAUGCGAACUGAAUUGUAUCUAUUUUAUAUAUAAAAUGAUCAAUCUACUUGCGUUAUUUAUAGUGUGUAUAUCGUUAUGUCACCUAUUUUCGUGAUGUUCUUUUGAUUUCACAUCGCAAAAUUUUUUUACCGAAUAUACUAAAAAAAAUAACUAUUUUCAAGUAAUGUAAUAUACCAGUAGUGAUAUUUUAAUUAAUAUAAACUUAUAAUUGUAAAAAAAAUACUGUAUUUUAGAACUUUUCUUUUUUCGACAAUCUGGUUUAUCGUCCCUUUAACUCUAGUGUAAGUGCUGUCAGUGAAAGUAACAAAAUAAAAACAUGGAGAAAAAACAUAAAUAAUAUGCUUUUAAGGAAACAAAAUAAGAAUUUCACGUUUUACCUGUGGAACUUUAUGAUAUUUUAUGGACUGAACAAUAAGAAUAAUCAUGAUUUUGUUAAUCAGGCUGUAAUAUUUGUUUGCUUUUAGCAUGACUUUUAAAGUAAAUGUAAGCUUUCAAUCUCACCAUGUUGCCAACAUCUGAUUCUUGUGCCCCCUUGUUAUGAGAGGGAGGGAUAUAGAAAAGCCAUUGCUCUUCCGUCUGUCCCACUUUUUUGUGUCAUGCGUAACUCAAACAUUUGUGCUAGAGAGAUAUAUCUUUGCAAAUGUACUAACUACAAUAUAAACUGGGCAUCUCCAUAUUAGCGUUCUAAUGUUUGAAACAUAACCUGAGUUGUGGGACCUUGCUCAGAGAAUUUGUUUUUAUGCCCCCGGAUGAAUGAUCGGGGGUAUAUUGUUUUUGGCUUGUCUGUCUGUCAUUCUGUCCCAAAACUUUAACCUUGGUCAUAACUUUUGCAAUAUUGAAGAUAGCAACAUGAUAUUUGGCAUGCAUGUGUAUCUCAUGGAGCUGCACAAUUUAGUCUUGAAAGGUCAAGGUCAUCCUUUAAGAUCAAAGGUCAAAUAUAUGGCUUCAAAGCGCAGUAGGGGACAUUGUGUUUCACAAACACAGCUCUUGUUUAACUAGUGAAGUGCAGAGUUAAAAAAAUAUUGCUGUCAGAGGGCUGAAACUUUAUAUGCAUAUUAAUCACCAUAAUUAUGAACUUGUGCAUCUUCAUAUUUUCAUGAGCAGCUUUUGACACAACUGAUGAAAAAUUACAUUUGUUCACUUGUGUAACGUACAGCUUAAAAAUUAUUGCUGCUGGAGGGACGAUAUUGUCAGAACAUUCAUACCAAUUUGUGAAUUUGCGCCCCUCCAUAUUUUGUUUCAGAUGUUUUAUACAAAACCUGAGACUUGUAGGCCCUUUUUAACCCUUUCCCACUCAGAAGCAAAGUGAAAAUUGCUAUGUGCAAACAGCAUACAACCAGAACAGUCUGCGAGUAACUGGCAGUCAGUUCAGGCUCUAUGCUGUUAGCUGCUCACCAGUAUCUAAAGGUUGCAAAUAAAACCUUUACAACUUGAAUCUAGUAAGAAAGGUCUUUAUUUACAUUUAACAACAUAUGCAUCAAAAUACGUAUCUCAGUGGUAAGGGGUUAAGAAAAACAAAUACCUACAUAUUUCUUUUUUUCUUUCUACAGAAUGUGAGUUUUAAGAUCAAAGCAGAAUGAAAGGGAAUCAGUGUCAUACGCACACAUUUCUAGUUUUUCAAAAGUCAUUUACUUCAAAAUCACACAAGUUAUAAUCAUGAAAUUUAUAAUUUACUUCGUCAUCAAUUGGUGCAUUAAUUUGAUUGAAACUAACUGGUAGAUAUAUUACGAAAUGUAUUUAGGUUUCUUAGAAGGGGCUUUAUAAUUUAGCAACCGGGUUUGAAGUGUGCAUAUAGUGUUUGUUAUAUAGUUCAACGGAGGCAAGUCCUGGGUAAACCAAGUUCCAUUCUUGUGCAAACAGUGUCAUCCUAGAUGACUGUGUGCAGUCUGCUGUCUGAGUUAUCUGGGUAUAAUACGUGUUAAUUUAACCCAUUUAUGCCUAGCGUCUAGAAAAAAGGCCUUUGCAAACAGCGUAGACCCAUAUGAGACGCCACAUGAUGCGGCGUCUCAUCAGGGUCUGCGCUGUUUGCUUAAAGGAAUUUCUGUAAGAAAUAUUCUUAAUAUAGAAAUUAAUAGACUAGACAUCCCUAAUUUUGGAAAAAAAUGAUACAAUGGAGAAGGAUGGGAGAGUCCACUAGGCAUAAAUGGGUUAAUUGUGUUCAAACUGCUUCAAAUAAGUCUCUUUACACCUGAAUUGAAUGAGACCAUACCGAAUGGGGAAGACAUUAUGCUUGCAAAGCUAACCGGAUUUCCCUAGACAUGCCUAAUAUACAGGUGUCUAUAUGAGCCGCGUUCUGAGAAAACUGGGCAUAAUGCUUGUGUAAAGUGUCUUUCCAGAUUAGCCUGUGCAGUCUGCACAGGCUAAUAAGGGACAACACUUUCCGCUUUUAUGACAUUUUUCGUUUAAAUGAAGUCUCUUCUUAGCAAAAAUCCAGUUUAGGCGGAAAGUGUCAUACCUGAAUAGCCUGUGCGGGCUGCACAGGCUAAUCUGGUACGAAUCUGUACGCACAUGCAUUAUGCCCAGUUUUCUCAGAACACGACUCGUAUGGUUGCCUGGUGUUCAAUAAAUGUACAGUUGUAAUUAAUUCAGAUUAUGCACUUGAGAUUUGAAAUGAGAAUAGUUACCGUUUAUUUAUUAAGUUUCAUUCAUUAGAAAUCGAUGUUGUCAGUUUCUUUUUCAAUUUGCAUAUUGAAGUAUAUUAAAAGUUGUCCAAAAAGGAU